GCAGUUUUGAAUUUCAGAACGAGAGGGGAUAAGAUCUCUUUAUGGACAAAGAACGCUGCAAACAAGGAUGCUCAGCUAAGCAUUGGGAAGCAGUGGAAGGAACUUCUUGGUUACACAGAAACAAUCGGAUUCAUAUUUCAUGAGGAUGCAAAGACUCUUGAUCGUAAUGCUAAACCUCAGUAUACUGCAUGAGUUUCAAGUUCUACUUUUCUCAGCUUCCCCGUAAGGAAAAACAAGACUCAAAAGGAGAAGAGAGCAAAGAAGUGCUGCUGAGAAAAGAGAUGAGCGGCAGAGAGAAGUCAGAGAUGGAAACCGAAGACGCUAAAGAAACUGAUACGAGAACAGAGUCGACAUCCAUGGAAGAAACUGAGGGACAAGAUACGGAUUUGUGUACGAGCGAAGCUGGUGAUAGAACUGAUUGGAGACGCAAAAGAGAUCAUCCAAGGGAUAAUGCAACUCAGAUGAGGCACGAGUUGGAUCAGUCGAGUGGGCAUCCAGUUCGUACAGGUGUAGCGGAUUGUCAGUAUUACCUCCUAAGUGGUCGUUGUUUCUUUGGACGAAGUUGCAGAUACAAUCACCCACCGAGAAAUCAGAUGGGAGAUGAUACGGUGCAACCGAGUGCGUAUCAAGUUCGUCUAGGUGCUAAAGAUUGUGAACAGUAUCUACAAACUGGGCAGUGUAGCUAUGGACUUAAAUGCUGGUUCAAUCAUCCACCGCUUACUGAGAGAAAUCAGAUGAGACAUGAAAUGGUGCAACCGAGUCCCUAUCCAGGUGCAAGAGAUUGUGAACAAUAUCUACAGAAAGGACAGUGUAGCUACGGACGUAGGUGCCGAUUCAAUCAUCCUCCUGCACCGGUGCUUCCGGAGAGGGUUAGCCGUCCGUUUUGUAAGGCUACAACUUGGUUUAGGAGAUCUGAUGAGAUGAGACACGGAACAGAGUCAAGCUUUAUGGCAUUGGCAGAGAAGAGGGCGAGAUGUAAUCCAAGAGAAAGAUUCCAAGAUGUAAGUGAUGAUGUAGUGGCGGGACAAAACACUUGGUUGCAGAGGAGACGAGCUCAAGAGAAUAUGCAGAGAGGCAACGAGAGUGAGGAGGAACGAACACUGAGGGAGAGGCAAGCUCAUGAUCUGGAGGAACAGAAGGUGGAGGGAAAAUGGAGAGUUUAUCAGAUCAAAUCCACUGUUCAAUCCAGUGAAGGAGGGAUUCAAAAGGAACAACGAUUGGAGAUACCAGAGAAUCCACAAGAACAGGCAGAUAUGGAGAGGCAGAACAGAGAGGCUCAAGAUAAAGCACAGGAGGAACGUAGUAGAUCGUUAACAGAUAACGUGGAUCAGCUCGGACAGUUUCUACAAGUUAUUGGGUUUGAGAGAAAAGAGGGCGAUGGGUUUUAAGAGGAAACAGAGUUGUGAGUGAGACACACCCAAGAAAACUCUCAGGUUGUUUGGGACGCGAGAAAACGAUAUGUGUUGGGAUGGUUUAGGUCAAUCUGUUCGUAGUUUCAAUCUUGUAAUUGUUUAGUGUUGUUGUGUUAGUUCGGUUGAUCAUUCACUUUUAAAAGAUUACGUUUGAGCAAAAUAAUAGCCAAGUACCGAAAGGUAAUCUAGUCUUCAAUCACACUAGUAUGAAAAUAAAUUGUAGCCAAGUACAAUUCUUGUAUGCUCAAGGUCUUGUAUUUUUUUUACUACGAGAAAUAAGCAUAUAAGUAUUAUUGAA